AUGGCGCAUUUUUCUGUAGUUUCACUCACCCAAGUUGUUUUGCUGUUGGUUUUCAUCUGCUGGACGACGAGUUCGACUGGCGCAGUCUUUUCCUUGGAGGAAGAAUUCCUACAACUGAAAGAAAACUAUAUUCAAAUGAAACAACUCUUUGAAUCAACAGCGAUUGAACAGCAGGGAAAAAUGACACAAUUGGAGGCGCAACUCGAACUAAAUAAUGAACAAAGACAAGAUUUGACAUUGAAAGUAACUCAAUUAGAGGCCAAAAAUGUCCAACUGGAAGUCAAAAUUGGAAAACUGGAGGCCAAAAUUGAACAACAAGAUUCGCUUUUAACUUCCCUUUCACGAGAGAAAAAUGAACGUACAGCAGCAGCAACCGAUUCUGUUUCAAUUAGCAACAAUCUAUCGGCUGUUUCCAUCAACGGACUGCCGUCUUCUUGCGGGGAUCUCAAAAUGAUCGGUCACACGCUGAACGGAUUUUAUUCCGUCAUGGGAUUGGCGAAAAUGGAAUCCGUUUAUUGCGAUUUCACUAAACUCCCAGACGAUGCGGGUUUCCAGAAAUGGAUUGGAUACGCCGACGUUAAAUCGACGCCCGUCCAUUUCUACGUCCAGAGAAAUUCUUCAUUUUACACAAAAUUCACUCCGAUUCCGUUCAAUUUGGCGGUGGUGAACGAGGGAAACGCCAUGGAUUUGACAUCGGGGAAAUUCACGGCCCCGCGACCGGGAAUUUAUUUUUUCUCUUUCGCGGGAAUAACGAGUCUUCAUGAAUCUUCAUCUUCUGCUUAUUUUGAAUUUUAUCUUUUUUUGAACGGGAAUCGAAUCGGGUCAAGUUUAGUUCAAGAGUAUUAUAACUUCCCCGUUGCUCAAUUGAGUCCGUUGCCCCUCCAGUCGACGCUCAACUUGAAAACAGGCGAUCAAGUCUGGGUGGAGAUUGAAUAUUCUCCUGGUUCAACCUCGCAUUUGUAUGACAGCAGUUCCCACAUGACCCAUUUCACGGGUUUCAUGUUGGAGGAGGAAAUUGUGGCGUCACUUUGA